UGCAACUCAAACUUUCUGUACGAACGCAGAUCCUUUCUCUCUAUCCAUCUGCUCGCUGAAGAAGCAAAUUAUCUCGGUUUAGAAGAUUGACGGUUUCACACUGUUGUACGGAACUUGUUACUUUGUAACAGAGGAACCUUGGAAGAAGCAGCAACUUUUGUUGCAAAUUAUUGACACAGUUUUACAUUUGCAAAACAAAGGACCAUGACUCAAUUCAACAAGGGACCAGUGUACGGGUUGACUGCAGAAUUGAGAAGCAAGAUCGCAGGGAAGUAUGACCUGCAGAAGGAGGAGGAGCUCCGGUUUUGGAUUGAGGAGGUGACGGGCAUGCCCAUUGGAGAGAACUUCCAGAAGGGCCUUAAGGACGGAGUCAUCCUCUGCGAGCUGAUAAACAAACUGCAGCCUGGUUCCAUCAAGAAAAUCAACCACUCCAAACUCAACUGGCACAAGCUGGAAAAUCUGGGGAAUUUCAUCCGAGCCAUUCUGAAGUUUGGCCUUUGUCCCAACGACAUCUUUGAGGCCAAUGACCUGUUUGAGAAUGGGAACAUGACCCAGGUCCAGAGCACACUUCUGUCCCUGGCUGGUGUGGCGAAAACCAAAGGUUCAAACUCCAACUGUGACCUCGGUGUGAAGUAUGCGGACAAGAGGACGCGCCAUUUCGACGAGGAGAAAAUGAAGGCUGGACAAUGUGUCAUUGGACUGCAGAUGGGGACAAAUAAAUGUGCCAGCCAGUCUGGUAUGACAGCGUACGGGACCAGGAGACACUUAUACGACCCAAAGUCACAGACGGACAAGCCCUAUGACCAGACUACCAUCAGUCUGCAGAUGGGAACCAACAAAGGAGCCAGCCAGGCUGGCAUGUCGGCGCCGGGUACCCGCCGUGACAUCUACGACCAGAAGUCGGCAGGACAGACAGCAGACAGCUCCACCAUCUCCCUGCAGAUGGGCACCAACAAGGUGGCAUCCCAGAAGGGAAUGAGCAGCUACGGCCUGGGCAGGCAGAUCUACGACCCCAAGUACUGCACCUCCCCCACGGAGCCCACCUCUCCCGUUACCCUCAGCAACAAUGCCGGUAGCCAUGGCAACGGGAGCCUAGGAACGGGGACCAAUGGAUCGGAGAUUAGUGACAGCGACUACCAGGGGGAGUACCAGUAUCACCAUGACGAUGAAGAGGAGUACCGGGGUGGGUACCAACAGCAGUACAGCGGGCACUAUGACGAGGACCAGGGCAUCGACUAUUAGACUGACUGUGUGUCAAAUGGCACCCCAUUCCCCUCUACAGGGUGUCAUUUUAUAUUUUCCCGUUAGACUCUGUGGGUCCCAUUUUGGCAGCUAAAAAAAUGUGCGCUUGUUUUGACAACAGCGCUUUGUUUUUGCGUUGUCAAAAAGUCACCCUGUGUAGUAGUAGUCCCAGUUGGCAUAAGUGUAACACAGUGUGUCUGGGAAUAUGUGACGUUAUAGUGGCCUUCUACCAGAAUUGGAGUGGAGAAACAUGUCCAAGUACCUUUAUGGAUCAUAUGAACCAUAGGCCUAUAUAUUUAGUUUGAUACAGUUUUGUGGGACCACUUAUGAUGACGUUUUUUAAACUGAUGCAAAUUGUGUUACUCUGGUAUUACUGUAAUAUAAAGAGUGUUGAGAGAGAGUGAUUUUGUUAUCAACAGAGCAAUAAUUUUACUAUCCUUGCUAGCUUUUU